AUGGCCGGCCGAGGUGGGGUGAAAAAAGGUGUUUGGGACGGGAAUGCUCCCCCGGAGUGCCAACCAAAUCCAUCCAUUCUCCGGCUCUCUGCAACUACAUCUGGGAGGAAGCGAAAGAGCCACUACAUAAGGACAUUGAUGUGGGAAAACCUGCUGGGAUUGGUCCAGGUAUGCCGUUUGCAAAUUCGGUGCUGCGCAAGGACCCGUAUAUCGGGUUUGGUGCCCUGUGCCAUCGGAGGUACGCAGAUAAGUCAAUGGGAGCGUGGUACUGAAAAUUACAACCGCUUAAUUGAUAGAACAAGAUUCGCCAUGACAAGUGGAGGAUUUAUCCGAGCAAUCUUGUGGUAUCAAGGUGAGAGUGAUACUGAUGAUGAUGCAGAAGCCACCUCCUACAAGCAAAAACUGGAAAAUUUCUUUUUAGAUGUUCGAGCUGAUUUGGUGGCGAUAAUUUCUGGAAACAACACAAAGGAUAUUAACAUUAUACGUCAAAUACAAUUAGAAACAAGAAUUCCAAACGUGCGAUGUGUCGAUCCCAAAGGCCUCCCACUGAAAGGUGAUAAUUUGCAUCUUACAACUCCAUCCCAAGUCAGGCUUGGACAAACGUUGGCUAAUACUUUCCUUAAGUUUCCGCACCCAGGUUCACGUAAGGUUCCAUAA